AUGGCUUCUGAAGUACCUACCUCUACCAACGGCGGAUCCCUCGCUGCCAUGUUGGAACAGCAGCACGCCCGCGACGAGGAGCACAAGGCCACUGUGGAGGAAACCGUGGAUGAGGAGGAUGUGAAACACCCUGCUCCUACCUCUCUGCAACCCGACCAGCCCCUCCUUGUCGAUGCCACUACCCCCGAGCCUACCCCCUCCGCCCCGACUGCCUCCCCGUCACCCGUCCCUAAGCCCGCCACCAAAAAGGCACCGGCAUUCGAUGUGCAAUCCGAAGAAUUGUUCCCGGCUCUGGGCAGCGGCCCGAAGCCCGCUGCUCCCGCUGCCGCCACAUGGGGCGCGAAGAAGCCUUCUUCGGCCGCUGCUGUUGCGAAUGGCUUGCCCGCAAAGUCAAUGGCAGGAACAGAGAUCCCCCGUAUCAUGGCACUCCCCGGAAAGCACAUGGAGCAGCUUCGCCUUGCUCCCUCCCAGAUGCAACCCCGCGGACAAAUGAAGAAGCCUCUCCGUGAUAUCCUCCGAGACAUUUCUCGCAGAUCCAAGGCCAACGUUGAUAUGCGCGGUGGUCCUGGUGGGUCCAUCAUUUUCGAAGGAAAGGGCUCCGUGGAUGCAGUGCGCCAGGCUCUCCGCGAGGUCGCCCAGCAGGUCGGAUCUAAGCAAUCCGUCCGUGUUCCCAUCCCCACCUCUGCGCGCGCUCACAUCAUUGGCCGCCAAGGUACCGUUGUGCAGGAUAUCCAGACUCGCACCGGUGCUCGUGUACAGGUCCCCCGCGCCGACGGUAACGCCGCCGGUGCUGAUGAUGAUGACGACGACACCAUUGAUAUUUUGAUCGAGGGAGAUGCCGUGGCCGCCGAGAUGGCCCGCCGCGAGAUCGAGGCCAUUGUUAAGGAGCGUGGCUCAAACAUGAGCUUCCGAUUGAAGACUGUUCCUCCCGAGUUCUUCCCCUUCAUUGCAGGUGCACAUGACGCCAACGUGCGCGCCAUCGAGGAGCGCACGAAGGCGCAGAUUAACGUCCCCCGCUAUGAUACUUGGUCCAGCCAGCCUCCUCCCCAGGAAGCCAACCCUGGCCAGGUCCAGUUCGCGGCAGUGCCUGAUAAGCACAUUUUGAUUUCCGGAGAACGCACUGCCGCACAGGAGGCUCGCGCUGAGAUUGAGCAAUUAGCUGCUCAAUUGCGUCAGAAGCUUACCCUGCGGCAGCUGGCAAUCAACCGUGGUCAGCACCAGUUCAUUCUGGGCAACGAGGCCGAUGCUCUGCACCAGUUCGUUGCUCAGACUGGAUGUGGUAUUGUCCUGCCCCCUCCCUCUGAUGAUAGCGAGUUCCUCACCAUCACUGGUCCCAUUGAACAGAUCGAGGCUGGCAUUGAACACGCUAUGGAUCUUGCUACAAGCAUGCAGAUGGCUAGCAUUGAUUUGUCUCGCCAGCACCCUACCGCGCCCAUCGGUCCUCAUGUUCACGCAAGCGCUCUUUCGCAGUAUCUCCGCCGUCGCAAGGUCAUCAAAGAGCUUGAGUCGACUUACGAUGCACACAUCGCCCUGCCUCCUAGCGUUGGUGGGCCUGUCACUUGGGAGGUGUACUCUCGUGAUGGCAAGAACACCAUCCGUGCCCGUUCCGAUAUCAUGAACUUGGUCCAGGCUCUCCCUCCUUCCAGACUCCGCCACGUCCCUGUUGACCCGUACUUCCACCAGUACCUGCGUGACCGCAGCGCUAGCGCCCUCCAGGGUGACUUUGGCGUUCACCUGAUGGUUCCGGAUGACAUUGAAUGCCCCGAAGUCGUCCUGGUUUACGAAGGUCCGUCCGCCACCGCCUCUCGCUUCGAGGUCCCCAGACAGCGCCCCUCUCCCGCCGAUGUUGCAGCCUUCGAGAAGGGUCUGCAAGAGGCCCAGGAUUUCCUCCUGGAAGCUCUCGGAAACCAGGGUGACAUUGUUGCCAAGUCGGUUGUUGUCCCUGCCAAGUACCAGGAAAAGGCUCGUAAAUUCAUCAUCCGCGAACAGGAAUCCAAAGGCGAGAACAGCAUCCCCGUCCGUGCUAUUGUCGGUGAACCCAAGAGCGCUCAGUGCCAAAUCUCCCUCCGCGGUCCCUCAGCCCAGGUGACUGAACUCGUCGCCAAGCUUGAGGCUUUCGUCGUGGAGCAGGAGAAGGAUGAUCUGGAGCGUGGUUACACCAUCAGCUUCGACUUCCCUCAGAAGUACGCUAACUUCCUGAUUGGCAAGCGUGGUGAGAACAUCAACAAGCUCCGCGAGGAGUUCGAUGUCGAUAUCAAGGUUGAGAAUGGCAAGGUCGAGGUCAAGGGACCCAAGGCCAAGGCGGAUGCUACCCGCAUGCGCAUCAUUAACAUGGGCAAGAAGUUGGAGGAUGAGACUACUCACAUCCUUAAGGUCCCUGCCCAAUACCACCGCGAGCUGAUUGGCCAGCGCGGAAACCAAGUCAACCGUCUCGAGACCCGUUACUCUGUCCGUGUCCAGUUCCCCCGCGCCACUGUUGUCAACGACGACUCUACCGAAACCGGUAGUGAUGCUGGUGCCGCCCGCCCCCAGCGUGCUCAGCAGGCUCCCGAUGAGGUCCUCGUCAAGGGUCCCAGCAAGGGUGCCGACGCCGCUCGCGACGAGAUCCUCAGCUUGCUGCAGUAUGUCAUUGAGCACGGCCACUCUGCUUCCAUCUCUGUCGCUCAGAGCCAGGUUGCAUCCCUGAUCGGUCAACGCGGCCGUGAGAUGGAUAAGCUCCGCGCUGAUACUGGUGCCCAAAUCGAUGUGCCCAACGCCAACGAUGCGCCGGAUGCAUCGGGCCGCGUGGAGAUCCGUGUCAAGGGUACUAAGCAGCAGGUUGCCGAUGCCAAGAAGAUCUUGCAGCAGCGCGCCAGCGAGUUCGAUGCUACUGUUACUAAGACCAUUGAGGUCGAGAAGAAGUACCACAAGGCUUUGAUCGGUGGAGGCGGUGCCAACAUCCGCAAGAUUGUCACCGAGGCUGGAGGCCCGACUGACGGCAGCGCCGCCAGAAUGGUUCGCUUCCCCCGUCCCGAGAGCACCGAGUCGACCAUCCGCCUCGAGGGCAACGGCAAGGUCGUUGACAGCAUCAUCGCCGCCAUCGAGGAGUUCGUCAAGGAGCGCCAGGACCAGGUCACCGAGAUCAUCGAUGUUCCCACCGCCCAGCACCGCAUGCUCAUUGGCCGCGGUGGUGAUACCCGCCGAGGCAUCGAGUCCAAGUUCAACGUCACUCUGGACAUCCCCAAGCAGGGCUCGGGCCGCACCGAUGUCAAGCUCAAGGGCCCCAGCACCGCUGUUGAAAGCGCCAAGGAGCACCUUAAGUCCAUGCUGAAGGAGCAGCACGCGGAGACCAUUGAGAUCCCCAGCCACCUGCACUACGCCAUCGCCGACAACGGCCACAUCUUCCGUCGCCUGCGCAACGAUCACCAGGUCACCGUCGACCACGCCGGUCAGGCCCUCCCCGUCGCCGCUCCCUCCGCCGCCGAGGAUACUCGCAGCAAGCCCAUCGGUACCGACAUGCCCUUGAUCAUCGACGAUCCCAACACCACCACCGACGCUCACUCCUGGACCGUCGUCGACAACGCUGCCAGCGACGCCGACUCCUCUCCCUUCCCCUGGGUCCUCACCGGUACCCCAGAGAACGUGGCCAAGGCCCGCGCCGCCAUUGAGAAGGCUCUCAUCUCCGCAACCCAGCAAUCCGCCACUGGCUUCCUGAUCCUGCCCGACCCCAAGACUUACCGCUUCGUCGUCGGCCAGGGCGGUAGCCAGAUCAACGCCAUCCGCAAGAAGACCGGCUGCCGCAUCAACGUGCCCAAGGACCAGGCUCGCGGCGAAGCGAUCCAGAUCCGGGGCAGUUCCGCCGGUCUCGAAGAAGCCAAGGAGAUGAUCCUGGAAGCUGUCCAGAACGGACUCCAGGGUUCUUCGCGGUGA